CGAAUAUUGCUUACAUUCAAAUAUUUAUUGGAAUUUCAAAAUAAAGGUUUUGAUUUCCCAAAUAUUGAUAAUCAUUGUGGGAACGAAACAAUAAAUCAUGAAGUUUGUAAUUGACCUUUUUAAAAGAAAAAUAAAUUCUAUGUUAGUGGCGAAUAAUUACGACAUGUCGCGAUAUUUCAUUGGGCAGACAGGGGCGGCGCGCGACGGUUUCUUUAGCGCAGCCCUGCUAAGCCCAGCCUACGCCCUAGUUAACACAAAACUAUCAAAUUACAUUAUAAUUUACAUGAAGCAUAAUUUUUGUUGGAACUGAGGCAGAGAAAGUAAUAUUUACAGUUUAAUUUUAUUUUGGACGCCCUUGUUUAACAUUAUUUCAAAACAAAAGAAAUUGUGUCAUCAUUGUGCAUCAAAUUAUUUAAUAGAUUAUUACCAUCAAAAUGGACGAUUUAUUUAUAAUAUCAAAUUUCAAUACAUUAUGUCGUUUAUGUCUAUGUAAAUGCAACUUCACAACAUCGAUAUUUGGUAAUGUUGAUGAUGAUGGUGACUCGGAAAGGUCUAUAACCUCAAAAAUAGCUGAAUGUAUUAAUUUACAGAUGGAACCUAAUGAUGGUCUUCCUGCUAGACUGUGCUAUAAGUGUCUGUUUCAACUCAAUGAGAGUGCUAAAUUUAGAGCUCAAUGCAUGCAAACCGAAUCUAAACUCAGACAAAUAGUUAGUCAAUUAAGAGAGCAUGAUACAUCUUAUUCCUCAGAAAUAAAUUAUAAUGGAUUUGACAACCAAAAAGUGAAAGAUGAAAACUAUAUUGUUGAAGAUAGUGUUGUUAUGGUAGUAGAUCCUAGUCUUGACUAUGAUUCUUCUGAAGAAUCUGAAAAUAUUGAACAUAAUGAACCUGAAGCAAUAGGAAAUGAUCAAAUACAAGGACCGAAUGACCACAUUCAGGAUUCAUAUCUAAUGAAAAGUGUUUUUAUGUGUCAGUAUUGUGACCAAGCAUUUAUUUCUGAAGAAAAAUGUAAAGAUCAUGAACAAGGAGUUCAUGACCCAAAUAUACCAUAUAAAUGUGUUGAAUGUAGCAUAAAUUUUUCUGAACGGAGCUUAUUUAUUGGUCAUAAUAAAGCCGUUCAUAGAAGUGACAAACCAUACCAAUGUCCAGAAUGUGAGAAAUGCUUUGGAAGGCGUUCAGAUUUAAGAAAGCAUUCUAUUGUCCACACUGGUAUUAGACCUUAUCAAUGUCAAUAUUGCCACAAAAGCUUUUCUCGUAACACAAAUUUAAGUAAGCACCUAAGAAUACAUGCUGGACAUAAGCCACAUGUCUGUCCCAUGUGCCCUCGCAGUUUUGUAGCAAAAGGGGAUCUACAAAGACAUGUGCUCGUACACUCUGGAAUGAAGCCAUAUACUUGUCAAAAGUGUCCAUUAUCUUUUGGCAGGAAGGAUAAACUUUUGAGGCAUGAGAUGAAACAUUGUGCUAAUAAUAAUAUUAACCAAAAUACUUUUGAUAUGGUGGUGAAUGUUAAUCCAUAUAGCAAUAUUAUGUCCCCUCCCAGUGGUGGAAUAAGUGACAACAUUCCAAAUGAAUAUGAUCUUCCAAGUGUACCAGACCACAUUUCAGGAGAUAGUUUUUUAAGCCAGCUACAGAAGACUCCAUCUUCAAGUAAGCAGUUAGCUAUGUCACCGUUUAAACAAAAGUCACCAAUUAGUGCAAAAAACAAACCAAAAAAUAUUAAGUGUCACCAAUGUCCAAAAAGAUUUUCAUCACUAGAUGCUUACAAAACACAUGUGUCUGUUGCCCAUUUAGGUUUAAGACUUUUUCAGUGUAAGGUUUGCUUUAAGAAAUUCCCUCGUAAAAGAGAACUUGAUCGUCACUCACUCAUACAUUCUGAACCAAAAUUUGAAUGUACUCAGUGUGGUGAAAAAUUUUCAAGGAAAGACAAGCUUGUUAAACAUGAAAAAACUCAUGAAUGUCUUGUUGUUAAUAUGCCUUGUAUUGAAUGUGGUGCAAUAUUUGAAAAAAAACCUGAUUUAGUUGCCCACAUUAAAUCUCAUUUCAAUGAUAACUUUGACGAUAAAAUUAUUGAAAGUAAAAUUAAGCUGGAGGUGCAUUCAGACUUUAAUACACAAGAAAAUUUUAAUCCAGAGACAUAAAAUAAUAAAAAGUUAGUCCAAGUAAUAAAGUGCUGAAUAAUUAAUUUAUUUUUCAAUGCAAAUAAUUGACAUAAUAGCUACUACUACUUUACUAGAGCUAUUCCAGACAAAUUAUGCAUUGCAUGGGUGCAUUUUGAUGACAGUGGACCAAACAUUCAAUUUUACAAUACAUAAGUUGCCAGUUAAUAAUAUAUGUAUCCCCACAAGAUGGACUGAUGAUCUGGUCAAGAUAGUUUGAAUAGGUUUGAUGAGGGCUCUGCACGACCAAUUGUUGUGGAGGUCUUUCAGGGAGGCCUUUGUCCAACAGUGGAUCUCUUCCAGCUUAUAUGAUGAUGAUUAUAAUAAUAUACAAAAUAAUUAAGUGUACUUCUAAUAUAAUACAUAUUCUGUAGAACUUAGUUUUGAAAUCACUCCUUUUUGAACAAGUUUUACUUGUGAUUUGUAAGUUAUCAAUGAUUAUUAAAACUCAUAUUUCAACAAAGGCAUAUUUUAAACAAAACCCAGCACUCAAAUGUGUGCUAUUACUACAAAUGCUCAGCAAGAACUGAAUAGAAUAGAGUCUAUAGCUUUAGCUCAGCUACAUCUAAACAAUGAAGGAGAGAUUUCAUCUCUUGAAUGUAGUACAUAUUACCUCAAUUACUUAAGUGUUAAUUAUUGUGAAAUGUUUUGCUAAUUAUGACUUCAUUGUUAUUACUUAUAAGUAAUUUGUGUAUUUCAAGCUUAAUGUCUAUGAAUUAUAAAUUUCAUGCUCUAUUUA